AUGGGAAAUCUCCCGACUAAGAUUGGACUUUUCUCCCAUCUGGCACAUUUGAACUUGGCAUCAAACAAUUUGAGUGGAUCGAUACCGGUGCAGUUAGGCUCAUGCCAAAACUUGUUGCGCUUGAACUUGAGUAGAAACAAAUUUCGGAGAAGCAUCCCUUUUGAGUUAGGCAAUGCACAAUUCCUUGAAGUUCUUGACUUGAGUCAUAAUAUUUUGACUAAAGACAUACCAAGAGAGCUUGGAAAUCUGAAAGUGCUACAAGUUCUAAAUAUCUCCCACAACAACCUUUGUGGUUCCAUUGCACAUGUUUUUGAUGUGUUGGCCUUGACUUCCAUUGAUGUAUCCUACAAUGACUUAGAAGGUCCUCUCCCAAAUGUCAAGGCUUUCAUUGAGGCUCCAUUUGAGGCAAUUCAGCAUAACAAAGGGCUAUGUGGAAAUCUUGUUGGUUUACCAAAAUGCAAUUCUACCAUGAGCAAGAAAAGCAUUAGACGCGUUAAUACUAGAAUCAUAGUUGUCCUGAUUCUCUCAUUGUUGAGGUUUCUCCUUCUCUCUUGCACCUUCACCGUUCUUGUCAUCAUCAAUCACCAUCGAAGAAGGAUAAUUAAGAGGGAGAACAAUGAACAAGCUAAUGAUUUAGAUUUUAUGCAUAUUUUGAGUUAUGAUGGCAAGGUUUUCUAUGAUCGAAUCGUCAAGGCCACCAGAGGAUUUGACUUUGAGUAUUAUGUGGGUGAAGGAGCAUAUGGAAUUGUUUAUAAAGCCAAGAUAUCAGAAGAUCAGAUGGUUGCUGUCAAGCAAAUCUCAUCAUCUCAAGAAGAUAGCGAGAUUGUUGAUUUGAUACCAUUUGAAAGGGAAAUUCAAGCCUUGAGAAAUAUACGCCAUUGCAACAUUGUGAAAUUUUAUGGGUUCUGCUCUCAUGCCCAACAUUGUUUUCUAGUGUACGAGUACAUGGCAAGAGGGAGCUUGAGAACAAUUUUGAACGAUGACGAAAGAGCAAUAGAAUUUCAAUGGGAUAUGAGAGUAAAUGUGGUCCGAGGAGUUGCGGAUGCAUUGUCCUAUAUGCAUCAUGAAUGUUCGCCUCCAUUGAUUCAUCGAGACUUGACCAGUAACAACAUUCUAUUGAAUUCCGAUUAUGAGGCUCAUGUUUCUGAUUUUGGAACUGCAAGACUAUUGAGGCCAGAUUCAUCAAACUGGACCGCUAUCGCUGGCACCAUUGGGUAUAUUGCUCCAGGUACUUCGUAA